CCCCUGCUCCCACCCACCCGCCGGCGGAGAGGCCAGCGGCGGCGCGCGGCGGCGAAGAUGUUCGGCCGGUCGCCCAAGAAGAGCGACAACACCAAGUACUACGAGAUCCUCGGGGUGCCCAAGACCGCCGCCCAGGACGACCUCAAGAAGGCCUACCGCAAGGCCGCCAUCAAGAACCACCCCGACAAGGGCGGAGACCCCGAGAAGUUCAAGGAGCUAGCACAAGCUUAUGAGGUUUUGAGUGACCCUGAGAAGCGUGAGAUCUAUGAUCAGUAUGGUGAAGAUGCCCUCAAGGAAGGAAUGGGAGGAGGAGGAGGAGGUGGAGUUGAUCCAUUUGACAUCUUCUCAUCAUUCUUUGGGCCCUCUUUUGGAGGUGGUGGUGGCAGCAGCAGGGGCAGAAGGCAAAGGAGGGGAGAGGAUGUUGUUCAUCCACUGAAAGCUUCUCUAGAAGAUCUUUACAAUGGUACCUCAAAGAAGCUCUCUCUUUCCCGCAGCGUCCUCUGCUCCAAGUGCAAGGGCAAGGGCUCCAAGUCUGGUGCUUCCAUGAGGUGCCCAGGCUGCCAGGGUUCAGGCAUGAAAGUGACUAUCCGUCAGCUGGGGCCUUCCAUGAUACAGCAGAUGCAGCAGCCUUGCAAUGAAUGCAGGGGUACUGGAGAAAGUAUUAACGAGAAGGAUCGCUGCCCAGGCUGCAAGGGUGAGAAGGUUCAUCAGGAGAAGAAGGUUCUAGAGGUCCAUGUUGAGAAGGGGAUGCAACACAACCAGAAGAUCACCUUCCCUGGAGAAGCUGAUGAAGCGCCUGAUACUGUUACUGGGGACAUUGUAUUCGUCGUCCAGCAGAAGGAACACCCCAAGUUCAAGCGAAAGGGCGAUGAUCUCUUCUAUGAGCACACCUUAUCUCUCACCGAAGCUCUCUGUGGGUUCCAACUUGUUCUGACCCAUCUGGACAACAGGCAGCUGCUCGUUAAGUCAAACCCUGGUGAAGUUGUUAAGCCUGAUUCAUUCAAGGCAAUCAGCGACGAGGGAAUGCCGAUGUACCAGAGGCCUUUCAUGAAGGGCAAGCUGUACAUUCAUUUCACCGUAGACUUCCCCGACUCCCUGGCGCCUGACCAGUGCAAGGCUCUCGAGGCUGUGCUUCCACCAAAGCCUGCAUCCAAGAUGACUGACAUGGAGCUUGAUGAAUGCGAGGAGACAACGAUGCAUGAUGUGAACAACAUCGAGGAAGAGAUGCGCAGGAAAGCCCAGGCCGCUCAGGAGGCGUACGACGAGGAUGAUGAUGAGAUGCCCGGCGGCGGUGGCCAAAGAGUGCAGUGCGCACAGCAGUAAGCAAGCGGAGUACAUUAUCUAGGAACCUGUCGUUGUUGUGCCAAGGUUGGCAGCAAGUCUUUUGGAUCCAAGAUGCCUGCUCUCUUGUUUUGGUGCUGCGAUCGAUGAAGAAGCUGAUUUAGGGGCGUAUGGCGCCAGGACUGUAUCCUCCUUGCCUUUGAAAAUUGCUAUCCAGGAAUAGCUUGCUACUUUUGCUGUAGUAUGAUACCUCGUAGUACGAGUGCUUCCUAUAAUGGUAAUCUUGUGGUGGAAACUACAAUGCACGGUCUCUGAAUAUGUUUUGUCUAAACGACUGAUUGUGCAAGUAUAUGUUUGUGGUUUUUGCAUCA